UUUUUUUUCAAUAUUUAUUUAUUAAUUUCAUGCCACCAAAUCAUGGUGCUCAAUCUGUUUUUUGGGAGUUAUUAAUUAAACAAUUUAUUGUUAUUUUAAUCAUAAGAGGUGCAUAAAAUUCACAUGUCCUCUGUUUUAUUUAUAUUCUGUUUUCGCAAUUACCAUUCUUCCUCCUCCUUCAAACAACAAUUUUCUUUUUGUUUUCUCCGACAAGUUCUUCGUUAAUCGAACGCUCCUGUCAUGGAGGAAGCUAACGUGUUGGAAACUAAGGAUGGGACUGUCUCAGUAGCUGCUGCAUUUGCUGGUCACCAAGAAGUUGUGCAGGAUACAGACCACAAAUUUGUGACGAAAGCUGUUGAAGAAGCAUAUAAUGGGGUAGAUUGUAAAGAUGGAGGCCCAUUUGGUGCUGUUAUAGUUCGUGAGGGUGAAAUAGUUGCUAGUUGCCACAACAUGGUUCUGAGAAACACAGACCCAACUGCUCAUGCUGAGGUGACAGCAAUAAGAGAGGCAUGUAAGAAGCUUAACCAAAUAGAACUUUCAGACUGUGAAAUAUUUACUUCCUGUGAGCCUUGCCCCAUGUGCUUUGGUGCAAUCCACCUUGCUCGAAUUAAGAGGUUAGUUUAUGGAGCAAAGGCUGAGGCAGCAAUUGCUAUUGGGUUUGAUGAUUUUAUUGCAGAUGCACUGCGAGGUACUGGAUUCUAUCAGAAAGCAACACUGGAAAUCAAAAGAGCUGAUGGUAAUGAGGCCGUGAUUGCUGAAGAGGUCUUCGAGAAAACAAAGACAAAAUUCCAAAUGUAUUAGAUCUGUCAUUUUUUACAUUGGGCUAAUCAGGAGUCCUUCAUUUAAAUUAUUGAUACUGGACUGAACUCAUUUGAAUACAAAUGCUACAAUUUGAAGUGCAUUAGAUAAUGACUAUAUCAUUUUCAAAGAA